AUGUUGAAACGUGGAGCUCAAGGUCCUCAAGGGUCCAAAGAAGACGAGGGUAUUUUUGGGAUGGCCAGCACCCCGGAUGAUAAACCCGUUCGGGCGACAGCGGCCCAGUUAGCCAGCAGAAAGAUCAAGGACGUCCGCAAACGCCGGGCUCCAACCCCCACAACCGGCGGAGGCGCAUCUGAUGUGGCUUCAUUCAACCCUUUCGCAUCCGCGGCACCGGCCGCGGCACCGGCACCUACCCAGUCAACUGGGUUCACAUUUGGUCAGACUCAGAGCCAGAGCUUCCCCGGCGCAAGCUCGGGGCCCAGUCAGGGUGGGAUUUUCUCGUCGGGCACUAACGGCCAGGCGAGUAGCCAGACGUCGUUCGGGUUCAGCGCGGGCCCUACUUCAUUUGGAUCUGCGCCGUCGAGCAAUCCGUUUUCUGUAAACACAUCGUUCGGUGGAAACUCACAGUCAAGUACCAGUGGAUUCAGCUUUGGAGGAUUCAAUGCCGGCAACCAGUCCACUCCGUCAUUCGGUGGAUUCGGAGCACAACCGAACACGAGCACCCCAGCAAAACCCGCCUUAUUUGGGCAGUCUACCGCACAAAUGACUUCGCCUGCCGAUGACAGUAUGCAAACGUCGCCUGAUACCAAGCCCAAGGGAGCUUCCAUGUUCUCAUCGAAGCCAGCCGCAGGUCCAUCGGCACUUAGCAAUCCAUUUUCGAACCUUUCAGGGCAGAAUGCUCCCAGCAAUCUCUUUGCACCAAAGGCAUUUGCGACUGAGAAACCUGCCGAGAAACCUGCCGAGACACAACCUUUCAAGCCGCUUUUCGGAUCAACGCCCGCCGAUUCGAAGCCUGCAGAUGGAGAGAAACAGCAGCCGACAGCCAGCAAUCCAUUUGCGAACCUGACAGGGCAGGCUCCAACCAGCAGCACUAACCUGUUUGCCCCGAAGCCUACGGUAGCGGAGCAAACUUCUGCAAAGCCCGCAGAAGCGGGAAAGCCCUUUGGCGCUCUUUUCGGGUCAAUUCCCAGUUCUCAGCCCUCAGGGCCUGCUAGCAAUCUAUUUGCGCCCAAGCCAGCGGCAGAAGAACCGAAGGCGAGCAACCCGUUCGCGAACCUAUCAGCGCCAAGCCCAUUCGGCGCUUUGUCCUCGCCGAAUGUUACUGGGACCGAAAGUUCUGUUAAGGCCGGCGAAGCGCAACCGUUCAAGUCCAUGUUUGGUACGCCUGCAGCAUCGAAAGUGUUGGAUGCUGGAAAAGAGCAGACGACUGCACCAGCAUUUGGCAACAUGUUUUCGCCAAAGCCAGCUGCUGAGAAGGCGGCUGCAAUCCCUACAGCGGACCAGCCUUUCAAGUCCAUGUUUGGUACACCUACAGCAUCGAAAACUUUGGAGGCCGGGAAAGAGCAGACUGCUUCACCGGCAUUUGGCAAUCUGUUCUCGCACAAGCCAGCUGCUGAGAGCACGGGUGCAAAAUCAUCCGAGGACAAGCCGCUCAAGCCAGUGUUUGGAGCACCUGUGGCUGAGAAGGAACAAUUAGCGACGAGUAGUAUCUUUGCACCGAAGGUGACAAGCGAAGGGCAGACUCCUGUACCUGCCCAGACCUCACAAUUUGGCUCAAUGUUCGGGGUGUCUCCUGCGCCGUCAAAGUCUGGAAAGGAAAAGACAACCCAGGUGACGCCUAGCAAUCCAUUCGCGAACCUGUCAGGGCAGAACGCUUUCAGUAAUCCAUUUGCGCCAAAGCCGACAGAGCAGGCUGCAACUCCCCAGGCAUCGAACACUUCGCUCUUUGGUGCAAGUACAGCAGUUGGGAACAAUAAAGACACCAACAUCGCAGCUCUGAAUGGCUCAUUGACUAGCCCAUUUACCGCUGGGCCUAAGGUGUCGAACGAAUCUCGAACGGAAGGUGCGACGAUAGCUGCGACACCUCAUGUGUCGUUCGCGCAGUCUCCACGCGACCAUAAGAGCUCGUCUUGUUUACCUGUCUCGUCUUCCUCUUCCCUCCCCUCUUCCUCCUCAACUUCUAUUGUUUCCAACACUUUCGCUGCUUCAGACUCUGACAGUCUUUUCCCUCGACCGGAUCAACCUGUGUCAAUUGAAUUUCCUGUAUCAACUGAAGACUUUGACGCGAUGCCACUCAAACGUCUUUUCCCUGAGAAGAAUCGGGAUGAGCUUAGGGAUCGAGCCGCCUUGCUUAUGAAGAUUGGCGUCUUGACUGAGUCGUUCAAGCGUGAGGUCGCCAAAUGCGAUCCCAUGACAGAUGAUAUUGACGAAGUCCUUAUUCUUUACGCUGAACUUCGACGUGAGCUCGGUGUCCCCAUUGGGUCGAUCAACCCCGAAGAAGAUGCUAAGCGCGCUGCCAUCAACAAACGCGAUGACGCCCAGGAAGCGGCAGAUGGCAACGCGCCUUCUCGGAUCCCGACUCCUCCGGCCUUUGUACCUCUUGGUCAUGAUGAUAGACACCCAGCACCCUCUAACAAGCCUUCUGGUGGGUCUACCACUUCCUCCAAGUUCGCCCAAUCCUUUUCUGCUCCGAAUCCUGCUCCAGCAACUACUUCUGCUGGCGCUUCUUCCGCCUUGAUUGCCGGUCCUUCGUCUCCGGCCGCGGUUCCCGUUUCUGCUGCUCCUGUCGCUCCAGCUAAGCCUUAUCCUCCCACUGCCAGCCCUGUAGCCACUUUUGCAGCCCCCACUGCCGUUGAGCCUCCCAAGUUUGGCGAUGCGGCCACUUCAACUACCACCCCUGCUUUUGGAGUUUCCAAAAUUGGCGCUGUAGUAACUUCUACCACUUCCUCUGCUAUUGAAGCCCCUAAAUCUGGUGAUGCAGCCACUUCAACCACUGCCCCUGCUUUCCAGAUUCCCAAGUUUGACGGUGCAGCUACUUCAACCACUGCCCCUGCUUUCCAGAUUCCUAAGUUUGAUGGUGCAGCCACUUCAACCGCAGCGUCUGCUUUCCAGGUUCCCAAGCUUGGUGGUAAAGCUACUGGCAUCGAUUUUUCAGCCCAGUUCAAGACAGAGUCGGACAAGACCAUCGCUAAAGCAAAGGCACAGAGAAAGGCUUUGGAGUUUGACUCUGAUGAGGAUGAUGAGGAAGAGUGGGAGCGCAAAGAUGAGGAACGCCAACGCGCGAAGCGCGCUGAAAUUGAAGCCGCAGCUAAAAAGCGUGCCGUUUUCGUCCCCGGUGUGGGUUUCAAGUUCGCUGAUGAUAACGCUGAGGAGCCUGCAACAUCUGCUGCACCUGCCACGCCUCCGCAGGGCGACUCUGCGGGUACUGGCAAUUCUUCCCCUCAUGUUUUUCCUCCUUUUGUUACUCCCUCGACCACCACUUCUGCUGAAGCGAACGGUACCCCCUCUGCGAGUGCUGUUAAUUCUACCCCUCCUGUCUUUCCUCCUUUCGUUGCUCCCUCGACCGCCGCUUCCGCUGGAGCGAACGGCACUUCCUCUUUAUCUUCAUCGAACUACCAACCCCGUUUCCCUACAUCAUCAUCUCCUCAGUCUUCUGAAUUCUCAACUCUCGUCGGAACAGCCCAGCGUUCGCCUGCGGAUGCCGCACUCUUUGGAGGCAAGCCUGCAUCCCCACCGCCUUUCUUCGGUGCAUUUGGUGCAGGUCCUCCCAGCUCCUCUUCCGGCUCCUCGGUUUUCGGGUCGUCCAGUAAGCCGGUCCCAGCCUCGCAGAACAUUUUCGGCGGGCUCAAGCCGACCUCGCCGAAACGCAAGGCCUCCGCAGAUGAAGGUGAAAAGGACGAUGAUUCCCCCGCAAAAAAGCCGAAGUCCUCUCAGAACAUCUUCGGUGGACCCAAGCCGGCUGAGCAGAACAUUUUCGGCGGGCUUAGACCGGCCUCGCCGAAACGCAAGGCCUCUGUUGAUGGAAAUGACGACCAAGAUGAUUCCCCCGCAAAAAAGACGAAGCCCUCGCCUCCCCCUUCUUCUGUUGGCGCCAAUAUGUUCGGACAGGUCUCCACUGCACCGUUGGCUCCUUCGACCAAUUUUUCCGCACAGCCCGCGAUGACCACUCCCUCGGCCCCUCCUACUCAGCCCAUUUCCAAUUCCACUGAAGAUGAGGACGGUGAACCUGGCGAAAUUUUCGAUUUGACAAAGGGCAACGGUGGCGAAGAAGAAGAAACUCUUGUGUUUGAAGACAAGUCCCGGGUGUUCAAGCUUGAGGAUAAGUGGUACGCCAAAGGAACAGGUCCUGUCCGCCUUCUGAAGCACCCUGUCACUGGCCGUGCACGGAUUGUCGCCCGUGCCGACCCUAGUGGAAAUGUCACCUUGAACAUUCUCCUGAAGAAAGAGUUUGACUACAAGCUCACCACUAACAGUGUUCAGUUCCUGGUCCCCAACGAGACUGGGGAACUCAAACAUUGGGCCGUUCGAGUAAAGGGUGAGAGACUGCAAGAGUUCCACCAGCUGAUCAACGAGAUCAAGAACUAG